AUGUCGUCGUAUGAUGAAGCACCCGUGCCGGCACUCAGCGAGGAGGAAUUGGCAGAGCUGCAAAAGGCCAGCGCGUCGUUUGAGCCGGAAGUGAAGGGCCCGCUAGUCAGCCAUCGCCAAUCUACCACUGCCAUCACCACGGAAUAUGCAUCUGCAGAUCCAGUCUAUCAAGCAAAGACUGCUCUUCUGCCUCAAAAGUUCUCGCACUAUCGAACGGUCCGUGGAGAUGGAGCAUGCGGAUGGAGAGCGGUGGCAUUCGGCUACUUCGAGACUCUCAUCCACCAUGGCGACAGUAACCGAUUCGCCGUCGAGCAAGCACGUCUCACCUCCAUGAACAACAUCAUGGUCCAGGCCGGAUACAAUCCUAUGCUGUUCGAGGACUUCUUCGAUGAGACCAUUGACUUGCUUCGCCAAAUCGGAGACGCAGUGAGCAAAGGCCUCGAUGCGAGCGAGAUCUUGAUUGAGAAAUUCAAUGAUGCUCAUUUGCAGAUGUACAUCAUCACUCAUCUGAGGACUCUCACCGCAGCAUGGAUGAAGACUCGCGAGGACGAAUAUGCUCCGUGGCUCAUAGGGAACACUGUGACGCAAUACUGCGACUCGCAAGUUCUGCCAACCUACGCCGAGAUUGAUAACAUCGGCUUGAGCGCUCUCAAGGACGUGCUUCUGUCCCCAGCGGACAUCAGUCUGGAGGUCAUGUACCUGGACCGUAGCGAAGGUAGCGAAGUCACCAUGCAUCGGUUCGACCCCGCAAAUGGUGCCUUGCCCAUCGGCAGUGUGAGACUGCUUUACAGGCCCGGCCAUUACGAUAUCCUCUACAAACCAGAAGAUCUCCCACCACCCUCACCUCAACAACAGCCGAUCGCAACAUACCUGCAAUACGGCAGUCAAACUCAUCAAGAGCCGGUGUACGAUCUCGGCGUUCCCGACUUCCUCACCAUGAUCCCGGGCAUCUCUUACGCCAACACCUCGCAUUGGGGCGGUAUGCCGCCAGGCUACGGAGGACCAUUUCGACCGAGUUUCUGGCAGUUCGAGCCGGAAUUCAUGCAAGCUUCGUCGUGUGUGCCGUAUCAGACGGCGAUCUUUCGGAAGUGA